GGCAUUCCCAGUACCGGGAAAGGGGGAGUUGGACACUGCCUAUAAAAGCUCUAGGACCGGGGCUGGAGGGGUAGCUGGAGAGCAAGAAGCAGCAGCAGCACUCGUGCGCCUAGCGAACCGGAGAGCACAGUAACUCAAGAAAGCCACCAUCAUGUGCGACGACGAGGAAACUACCGCACUUGUGUGCGAUAACGGUUCAGGACUGGUGAAAGCUGGCUUCGCCGGUGACGAUGCUCCUAGGGCUGUCUUCCCAUCCAUUGUUGGUCGCCCACGCCAUCAGGGUGUCAUGGUUGGUAUGGGUCAAAAAGACUCCUAUGUAGGUGAUGAAGCUCAGAGCAAGAGAGGUAUCCUGACUCUGAAGUAUCCCAUUGAACAUGGUAUCAUCACCAACUGGGAUGACAUGGAGAAAAUCUGGCACCACACCUUUUACAAUGAACUCCGUGUAGCCCCUGAGGAGCACCCCACACUGCUGACUGAGGCUCCUCUGAACCCCAAGGCUAACCGUGAGAAGAUGACCCAGAUCAUGUUUGAGACCUUCAAUGUUCCCGCAAUGUACGUUGCCAUCCAGGCUGUGCUGUCUCUCUAUGCUUCCGGCCGUACCACUGGUAUUGUCUUGGACUCUGGUGAUGGUGUUACACACAAUGUCCCCAUUUAUGAAGGUUAUGCCCUACCUCAUGCUAUCAUGCGUCUGGAUCUGGCUGGUCGUGACCUGACUGAUUACCUCAUGAAGAUUCUGACAGAACGUGGUUACUCUUUUGUCACCACAGCUGAACGUGAAAUUGUCCGUGACAUCAAGGAAAAGCUUUGCUAUGUAGCUCUGGACUUUGAGAAUGAAAUGGCCACUGCUGCUUCCUCCUCCUCCCUGGAAAAGAGCUACGAGUUGCCUGAUGGCCAGGUCAUCACCAUUGGCAAUGAACGUUUCCGCUGUCCUGAGACCCUCUUCCAGCCUUCCUUCAUUGGAAUGGAAUCUGCUGGUAUUCAUGAGACAACUUACAACAGUAUUAUGAAGUGUGAUAUUGACAUCAGGAAGGACUUGUAUGCCAACAAUGUCCUGUCUGGUGGUACCACCAUGUACCCUGGUAUUGCUGACCGUAUGCAGAAGGAGAUCACUGCUCUUGCUCCCAGCACCAUGAAAAUCAAGAUUAUUGCUCCCCCUGAGCGUAAGUACUCUGUCUGGAUUGGUGGCUCCAUCUUGGCUUCUCUGUCCACCUUCCAGCAGAUGUGGAUCACCAAGCAGGAAUACGAUGAAGCCGGACCUUCAAUUGUCCACCGCAAAUGCUUCUAAACCUGUUUACAUCAUCCAUCUCAUACAUGUACUCUCAGGAUCUUGGUGCUAUGUUUUGCACGGUGUUCAACACCUACUUACCAUGCAAGUCUCCAUUUGUAACAAUUUCUGUUACUUUAUUGAUGCAAUUGCCAUCUUAACAGAUGUGUAUGUAAAGUGUAAAUAAAAGUCUAAUUUAUUAUA